CCCCCGGGCGGGGCCAGGCGGCAACGGGAGCGAGCUCGGCGGCAGCCGGGAGCCCGUCAGGGCACCUCUAGCUCUGCUCCGGCCAUGGAUCCCCUGCCCAAAGACGGCGAGAGCGCGGCGGGCGGGGAGCCCAGCCGGGGCGCUGCCCCCUCCAGCGGGGUGGUGGUGCAGGUCCGGGAGAAGAAGGGCCCCCUGCGCGCAGCCAUCCCCUACAUGCCGUUCCCCGUGGCUGUCAUCUGCCUCUUCCUCAACACCUUCGUGCCAGGGUUGGGAACAUUUGUAUCAGCUUUCACUGUGCUGUGUGGAGCCCGGACUGACCUCCCUGACAGGCACAUAUGCUGUGUCUUCUGGCUGAACAUUGCUGCUGCAUUGAUCCAGAUCCUGACAGCAAUUGUGAUGGUCGGAUGGAUUAUGAGUAUAUUCUGGGGAAUGGACAUGGUCAUUCUUGCAAGCUCCAAGGAGCAGGGAAUCCCACAGCAGCUGUAGUGGCUGGGACAAGUAUGUUCAGAGAAACACGGCGAGCGAUUUCCUUGGGCAGCUGUGGGCCACGGACCUUCUCAUUACCCUUUGUCUCUCUUCUUCCUUUUGUUUUGUGCCUGCCCCCGGUCCACCUGCCUGUCCAGCGGAGCGGAGGUACCGAGCACCCGAGGGAGACUUGCACUGACUGAGCAGCAGAGAUGGGGCGAGCGCAUCGCACCUUGGGACUGGCCCCAGCAAGCCAGCGAUGGGUGGCCAAGGAGGAGGAAGAGGAGGGUGCCAAGAGGAGGGGAGCCCCUGGGCAAGGUGGCACCCAGUCAGGCAGUGGCACCAAGGGGGUGGGAGAUGCUGCACUCUCUGCUGUCCCAGCAGGAAGUGGCCAGAGCUGUUCUGCCUCCUGUUUCGCUUGCUGUUAAAGAAAACCAGCUGUGAACAUCAAAUGCCAAGGAGCUAUUAAUAGGUACAUGUACAGUCUGUAAAAGCAAACAAGUUGUACAAUCUUUCCCCUCCAAGAAGCCAUUCUUGACUGCUUCGUGGCAACAAAUGGCUCAGCCCAGCCUCCUCUGCUGUGUAUUUAUGGCGCUUGGCAAAGCUAUAUCAUCGCAAACGUCUUGAGAAAUGUGUACUCUGUAAAUUGUGUUGUACUGCUGAACUGAAUUGGGCUGUUCCCUCCUUCAGUCCAUUGGCACCAUGCAAGCACCUGCCCCCAUCGGCCCCAGGAGGCUCCUGCUAGCAGCAGGCAGGGCACCCCAAGCUACCAAAAGCUCCUCCUGUAAAGGCUUUUCCUUCCCUGCCCCUGGAAGGGAUGUGCUGGCAGUGUCUCUUUGCUUUGAAAAUGGAUCCCUGCAGUGUAACCCACGGUACCGACUGACACUGAGGCUCUGCUCUGCUACCCAGGGGCCAGAGGAAUCACCCAGCACCUUCAUUCCCCCCCUGCUGCAGGAGCACACAGCAUCCUGGAGGUCUCACUCGUGCCUGCAGGAGCAAAGCCCUGACCCCCUCCUCAUUGGACACAUCAGCUGAUGCUUCCACCAGAAUAUUCCCCUCUGCCUCCCUUCACAGUUAUAGUGCAGCAAACACCAGAAGGCUGUGGCCGUGCUUCUUGCUGAUCCCUGCACACAAUCCAGCUGCCAACUUGGACUUAGGCGUGUGGCACUGAGCUGGCUCCAUAUCAUCCUUCGCUUUGUGAGAAUAAAUGUUUUAGGUGCAAGCUAAAGAGCAAUAGCAACUGACGAAGACUGCAACUGCUUUGCCACCAUCAGCCAUCAACAAACUAUUUUCUGCUGCUCUUUCCUCAUUGUGAAAACCAGGCUUUUUUUCAGAAAGGGCUGCAAUGAAACAGUUUCAGCCAGGCUGAAAUGCUGCUUCACUGCUUGUCGGGAAGCACCGUCAGGUAGAGACCAAACCAAACACUUUUCUGGAUUUGUAGUGAGUCAUCGUACAGCUUCACAGCUGAAGCACUGCAAUGGGGAGAGCAUGGAAAUGUUGAUGAAUUUGUUGGUGUUGUCAGUUCUGUACUUAUCACAGAAAAAGGGCUGUGGAAAAUGCUCGCUGUCCUGCCCAAAUCCCAAGAAAGCUGCAUGUUCCUCCCCAUGUGCAUCAGCUGCCACACAUUUCACUACAGACCUUUUGCUGGACACUGCUCCUUGGCACAGCCUCUGUGCUGCGGGAUGUUUUACUCAGAGCUCCGCCUCCAGGAAGACCACACAUGAAGACUCACAGGGCCGAUACUCUUAAGAGGCAGCUUUGUUCCAUCCUGGUGUUGCAUUCUCUCCUUUUUGGGAUGAUCCAUGCGCAUGCUCAGCCAGCAGAGUCUCCUCUCGCCAUACCACUGGCACAGCACCGUGGGGGCACUGCACAGGGCUUUGUCUCACAAACACACUUCUUUUUUGAGCUAUUCCUUCUGAAUGACACCUUCUAUGUGUCAAUGCUGGCAUUCAGAAUGGCCCAAGAAGAGCCAUAAAUGCAGACAGACCUAAUGUUCCUUCCAGCCCAAAGUGGAGGCUUCUCCCAGGUGCUCAGUGGCAAUGCACCCCUGCGGUUCCCAGCUGAGGUUUCUCUGUGUUUGUGCACACAGUUCACUUUCAGACGGUCUGGGGAUUCAUUGUCUGAUCUGGAACUCAGCAUUUCCAGCCUACCUGCAUACCAUUCCAAGUGACCAUGGCACCAGAUGAGCUGGAAUCAGUGCGACAGCCCAGCAGGAGCCCAUGCCACCUACCACCAAUCCUUCGUCCCCAUCAUCUGUAAUUGUGACCUCUCCCUGCACUCACCCAAAGGGCAGCAGCACUCCCUUGGUAUGCUUCUGCCCUAGUGAGGAGGGAACUGAUGCCUGUGUGCAUCAUCUGCUCCCUAUAUGGAGUUGGUGCUGGUGCCCUGACAUUCAGCCUGCAUUCUGUUUCUGUGCUGGUGCCUGACCUGACCCCUGCAAUCAUGGAGGAGGGCUUGUGUGCCCACUGAUCUUGCCAACUGGUUGUGAUGUGCUGUGUUUUGAUACUGUGGAUUUUUUCUCUCUCAAUCUCUUUCUCUCUCUCUCUCUCUCUCUUUUUUUUUUUUUUUUUUUUUUUUUUUUUUUAAGUUAAAUAUAUUCUAUUGCUGUACAGCUGGAAUGAAACACAUUCUCUUUACGUAGCCCAGAGAAACUCUACCAGGCCUGAAUUUAGAUGAGAUUUCUUCCCAUGGGGCAGCAGAAGCCUGACUGGAGUCCUCACUUCAGUGUGGCCAUCCCUGCGCUGCUGAGACAGUGAGAGCAAAGCCCGCCCUGUAGCUGGCAGGAUGCUGUCUCACCUCGGUCUUUUCUGCAACCUUUGCACUUUGAAACGACUCUGGUCACAUUCCCAUAUGUGAGCCAGUGCCACUGGGCAGGUGGGCUCUGGGGAGGGUAUGAAGUUAUCAUGGUGGGGUUGCAUGGGGUCCCUGCCGGGUGUGUCAGCUACCUGCAGGCUCAACUGGGGAGUUCUGCUUGGAUAUGAGGUCCCACAGGGCUGACAGCCCACCAAAAUGCAACUGAGUAUUUUGACUGAGUAGUCCCUUUCUGGAUGCCACUAUCCAAGAGCAGCAGUGACCCUUCCCUUUACUCCACAGCUGCUCCACACCAGGCACAUUGCACACACCGGUCAGGACAUGGAAACCAGCCCCCUCCCAAACACAGGAACCUUCUCGGGCUGCUGGACCCCACCAGCACCAAUCCAGACAUGCUCACGGUGACAGUCAUCACCUGGAAUUGAUCUCCACAGCUGGAGCUCACCUGGGGGCAAAAUCUCAUAAACCUUACAGUCAAGCUGUUCAAAUAUACAUAUGAACCCUAAUAAAGCCAUGAGAGGAGAAAAAAAACGAUCCCAGAAAUGAUAUUGCAGUCACAGUACGCUUUGGAGAGAGUUUGCGAGGGAGAAUCAGAGCCCUGUGAAGGAGGACGGAGGCUGCCAGCCCAGCGGGAGCUCCGCGUGACGCCGCGGGAGCAGCAGCGGUGCUGCGGCGCCACCUCGCGGGCUGCAGCCGUGCAGCGCCGCGCGCCCCGCAACCACGGCGGGAAGAGGAGAGCUGUGCCGUGUGUCCUGGAGAUACAGCAGCCUUGAUAGUAUACAAAGCCGCAGGAUGUGAAGCCCGGGUGACCCCAUCUGCUGCCCUACAGCCUGCGUCACACAGGUCUCCCACUGAGGUCCUUCACACGCUGACCCUCACGUGUACAUGCAGUUUCCAGACCAUCUAAAAUAAAUACGACUUAAAAACUGAAACUAGUGAAGAGGUUCUGGGGAAAAUGAGCCAGGAAGCUCCUGCUUAACAUCUGUUCUGAGACAUGAGAGCUGGAGCACCUCCCCUACCGGGACAGGUUGACAGAGUUGAGGCUCUUCAGCCUGGAGAAGAGAAGGCUCUGGGGGGACCUGAGAGCAGCCUUUCAGUGCCUGAAAGGGCCUACAGGAAAGUGGGGAGGGACUUUCAAAAGGUCACAUAGCUACGGGGUGAGGGGAAAUGGCUAUAAACUGGAAGAGGGUGGAUUUAGACUAGAUAUUAGGAGGACAAUUUUUAUUGUGAGGGUGGUGAGAUGCUGGCACAGGCUGCCCAGAGGCUGUGGAUGCUCCUCCCUGCAGGCGUUCAAAGGCCAGGCUGGAUGGGGCUGUGAGCAGCCUGGUCUAGAGGUGUCUCUGCCUUUAGCAGGGUUGGAAUGAGGUGGUCUUAAAGGUCCCUUCCAACACAAACCAUUUUGUGAUUCUGUGCUGAGAGGAAAGCAGCAUAUUGCAUCACUUUUCCUUUCAUCCACACACUCUCUACUGACUUUCCAUUUUCAUUGGCUUAUACUGCUUCCACAGCAGGGAAGGAAGCUCAUGGAGACAAGGCCAAAGGUCAAAAGGUCCCAGGAUCACAGUAAAAUGACAAAAGGUCACUGACUUAAAAGUAAUGGGAUGGAAUUCAAAGGUCACCACGUCAAGGGUCAAAUGCCAAAAUGCAAAAAGGUCAUGGUGCCAAGGUCAAAAAACCUGAGUCAGUGUCAGAAGCUUAAAAAGUAAAUCAGGGAAAGGUCUAAGAUCAAAAGAUGGCAGAUCAAGGUCAGAGAUCUAAAUGUCAGAGUCAAGGACAAAAGGUCAAAUGUCAAACAGCACAUGCCAGGCUGUAGCGAAAAAGGACUGAGGUAGGAAAAAGGAUUGGAAUUAUACCUUUCACAGUGUGAGGGAGAGCUUCCCUACCUUGCAUAGGAUUCCCUGGGGAGAUACUGUCUUUUGCAAGCACUUGCAGAAAACUUAGCUGGUGAGCAUUAGAUCUCUCCGGAGAAUGAAUACAUGCCAGCCCAGAUACUGUGCUGCAGCAGCACCACCUAGCUGCGUUCUCGGAAAGAAAGCAAGGGAAGGAAAACCUGGGCUGGGAGUAAGCUCCACUUGCCGCAGUAAGGCUGCAGAUAGGCACUGGAUACCUCUAGGUUUCCCUGAGCUUUACUCCUGAGGAACAGGGGCUGAUUUUUCCUCAGAAUAGCCUAUUUGUGAUAAGGAAUUACCCCAUCUCAAAGGCAAGGGCUCACCGGAACCUUCCAGAAGGGAGCAAUCUCCAAAUAGAGGUGUUUCUUUCUCAGCUGCUAGCACUUAAGUGAGGUUAGGGAGGGAUGGAUCCAGUCUCACAGGUGGAUUAAUUGCUUGCACCUGUGCUCCCAGGCCUAGCCACGCCUCUACAACAGAUGUUCAAUCACUGCCAUGACCUAACAGUUCCCAUACAGAGUUCAAUGAGCAAACACAGUAAGGUCCCAGAACCACCACCACAAAAAGACUGAACACAUACAAGGAGGCAGAAGCCCAUGUUAAUGAUCCAGGGGGAGGUAUUGAACAUGCACAUACUGCUCAGGAAAACCUUUGCGUAAGAAAGAUCUUUUGUAUCAGGGAUGUGCAAUUAGGUGGAAGGAUCCCCCUGUGCAUCUGGUGCCAAGAAUAAAGAAUGCCUGCUUCCAAAAAGUCCAAUUUGAGACUUAAGAGCGUUUCAUGAUCAACCAGCUUACAGUAUCAAGCCAAUCUGUGCCAACUGUGCUAUUCUAAUCAUGCCAGGCUGACCCAACCCAACAUGCCCCGUGCUGGGUCAAGCUGCCCUGAUCUGAGCCAACCCAUCCCAGGCCAACCAUUUCCAGCCAAAGCCAUACCAGGGUAGGACAGGCUGGCACAGUGAGGUGGAUCCUACCAGCUGCCUUCCACCCUCCUAUCAUUAUUCUGCCUCUGCAGCAGCUAUCUCCUUUGAAAGUUCCUAUUUCACUCCUGAUCAAAAUUCUGUUUCACUUCUGAUUCUCCAUCCACUUCCACUUCUGGUUAUACUCUUGGUUAUACCCCCACUUCCAGUUCCAAAUCCUCUUCUGCUUUCACUUCUACUUUUGAUCCCACUUUAGCACUCACUUCUGGGUAUACUUCCAUUGCCAGUUUCACAUAUAUUCCUAGUUCCACUUCUGGUUUCAGUCAUGCUUUUACUUCAAAGAAGAGCACUUAUACCAAGGCUAAAUAAAAAUGGAACCAAAAGUAAAAGUGGAAAAGGGAAGAAACUGGAAUUGGAAGCAAAACCGUAUCCACACGUGGAACCAGAAGUUGAACAAAAUGAGAUCAGAAGUUAAAUAGACAAAGUCAAAGAAGAGGGUUGCUUCUGAGGCAAAAGAGAACUGCUAAGGAAAAACGUGACCAGAAGUGGAAAAGGAAGGUGAACCAGAAGUCAAAUCAGAAGUGUAAUUGUAACCAGAAGUAAAAUUGUAACUGGAAAUAGAAAUGCAAUGGGGGAGGUGGGGGUGGCACCAUAUCUGGAAAUCAAAAUAAAAGCGUAGCCAGAAAUUGAACAAAAGUGUGAUAAGAAGUAGGAACUUUCAAAGACAGCUGCUCCUGAAGCAUAAGACUUCAAUGCAGGCAGAAAGUCACUAAAAGUGGAAAGAAGGGGGCUGCUACAGAAGCAGAAGCAGAAAAAAAAUGAAAUGUGACCAGCAGUUAAAGGGAAACUGUAACUGAAAGUUCGAAUGGAAACAGAAGAAAUAAUGGAAGUGGAUGUGUAACCAGAAAUGCAGUGAAUAUUAAUCAGAAGCAAAAUAUAAACUCUCUAGUGGCUUUCCAUUUUAACUGGCUUGUGCUGCCUCCAUAGCAGGGAAGAAUCAUCACAGGGGUCAAUGCCAAACAUCAAAAGGUCCCAGCUCAAGCAACUGCAGACAUGGGAGAUGCACCUUGUUUCAAUCAGUAGAUAUCAUUUGUAAUGAGAAACACAACUCCAUGCCCACUUUGUUUGGAUAGACUGUUCAGUGCACAGCUGGCCAUUCUGAGACUCAAAACUCUUCUCUGCUGAGUACAGUUAACAUUUGCUUGCACACAAAAACA